AGCACUAUAUAAAUAAACUUGACUUGACUUGACUUAACACAACCUGCUGACAUCAACAUACAACACCGCUUUAUCAUUUUACCAAGGCUUGGUAUAAUUUAUGAUCCAAUAUUUGGUUUAAAGUACCCAAUUUCUGUGCCAGCAAGUUGCAUCAAGUUUGCAACUGAAUGGAUAAAGAUUAGAGGAGUAGUGGAAGAUUUUGUAGUCUGAUAGAGCCCCGCCUCCUCGAUAUAUAUCAACUCUCCUCAGUGGUUGUCAUUUACUUUAUUUGCUCACCACACGCUUCAAACGCAGAUAUCAUCCCUAUCAGGCUUGCAGUGCAGACCUCACCCAGCUCAGUCCUUCAGGGAAAAGCAUAUUUAAAGGAGCAGCAGCAGUAGCAGCAGCAGCAGCAACACCACCACCACCAAAGGUCUAAAAAAAUAUGAUCCCCUGGCUUGCCUUGCUGAUGUCUUACUGUUGUUUGAAUGGAGCUACAGGAGAAGGCACUCAACUGGAAAGGAUUGAGAGAUGUCAGACCAGGUGUUCUCAGUUUUGGAAAAAGAUAGCACUGUUACUCAGAACAAUAAUGGCAAAGUGUUUCACCCGAACGCCUCCCUUUUCUUCUCUUCCUGCAGGGACUAAUCUGCAAGACCCAUACAGACUUUUUGGAAAAAGAUAGCACUGUUACUCAGAACAAUAAUGGCAAAGUGUUUCACCCGAACGCCUCCCUUUUCUUCUCUUCCUGCAGGGACUAAUCUGCAAGACCCGUACAGACUAUUGGUUUGCUCCUGUGUGUCAGGACCCUACCAAGGGUCUCAACAGCACCACCGUGUUCCACAAUGUGGGAAUCUCAACGGUCAUGAGGUGUGAGGAGAAGCAAAAGUGCAUGCUCCACCUGAGAAUUCAGACAGUUGUGCAACUUACGGACUCCAUCCACGGCGUUUCCAUUUGCACCAACAGUGCUGGGAUGAUGACAAACUGCCAUAUCAUAAACUUCACCAAAGCAUCGAGAAGAUUAAUGUCUGGACUGCCGGUGACAGUUGACAAUGAUUUCACUGAAGUGUCUCCAAACCAGCAACUGCAAGUAAUAGUGAAAACAGUCCCGAGCUACUGUGGCAUAACUUGGGCUAGCAAGUACCUUACCCCUGAAUGCUUCAACAAAGAUUUGAGAAAAAAUGUCCCAGAAUGUAUCACUGGUACACUGUCUUACACUGUAAACCCAGAAAAGAAGGAGCUGACAAUCAAUGUAUCAGACAUGCUUCAAGAUUACAACUACCAUCUCCGUCUCUGCCACAAGGAUUUCAUCUGCACUGGCACAGGAAUCUACAAUCUGAUUAAAAAGGAACAACCCAUUAAGUCUGCUGUCCUGCCUUAUUCCAGACCUUUGCCUUGCCUUUGUAUUGAGGGAUGGUCAGCUGUAAUGGAUGCCCCGAGAGUCCAGGUUUGCCCAUUCAAAGACCAUCUAGAAGAAUUAUGGUUUGGAAUCACAUUUGAUCCGCUGGAGGAGGCUUUAAUAUGGGAACCAGUUUGUCCUGUCACAGCUGUGGCUGGCUUAUGCGAGAAAAGGGAGGAUGGCGUCUGUGUGGAUCUGCCUGAUUCAUCACAUAAUGUCAGCAGAGAAAAGAUCAGAUUUGCCAAGGUGGACCCUCACCCUCAACUGUGCAUGAAAUUUACAAUAGGGUCACAGUCCUGGAUCCGAUGCCCCUUUGCUGAUGGGAUCAAAGCCUGGGAUGUGAUUGUGUCAAGGCGACAUGGACACGAAGAAUUGCAGAUUCUGUCACGAGUUACUGCAAAAUUUUCAGUGGGGCCGUGGGUGACUUCUGCAGAAUCUCCAGUGGGCCAGACAACCAACAUGAAAUUUGUGGACGUUGAGAAACAGAAACCUGUUGAACUAGAGCUUAAGGGCGAACAGUGCAAUUUUUGUCAACAGGUGAAGAGGAUUGAUGUGAAGUAUGCUGCCACAGUGGUUCACUGUACCAAGCUGUGCAUGUCCAGAGCUACUUCCCUAGCAUCCUAUGACUUGACAUGGAUUAUUCUACCAGCUGCUGCCUGCCUAUCUGCCAUCAUUAUCAUUACUCUGGUGCUCUGCUUGCUGAUAACAGUCUAUCGUAGGAGGAAAGAGAAAAGAAGAGGCGUCUGUCUUUCUGGCAAACAAACAGACACUGAGGUCUCUGAGGUACAAGUCCAGGUCACAGCCAAGGGAAGGGUCCUCAUACCUGACGCGCCAAAGUAUGGAAACAAUGAGAAGGCCAACUUACUCCUAAACUGAACCUGAAGGGUGCUCCGGUCUGAACCACUACUUGCAUUGUGCAGUUUAAAGAUGUUACAAAAAUGAAAAAGUUCUCUAUUGAGUCCAUUUGUGUUCUUUUGCCACCAUUUCAAUUAUUUUUUUUACCACAUUUUUCAUAGUACAUAUCCUGGUAGUGUACUUGUUGUAGUUUAAUGCUGUUUUAUAUAAAAACAUAAAUAUAUUUUUGUGUUCUGCUGUCUGUGUUUUGGUGAAAUUUAACUGAAUACUAAUGUUAUUAGUUCCUAUAUUCAUGAGUCUAAAAUGCAUAUUUUAUGUCCUUAUUUAAAAGUGUAUUUUCAAUAAAACUAUUAACUGUAUAAACUAA